AUGGUGUUCUACAACUGUUCUCCAUCAGGAAGAGAAGUCCCAUCAGUUUUGAUUGGCAUCUUGGUCCAGGCAAACUUAUAUGAUACAACAUUCACUGUUAUAUUGAAAUUCAGGAAGGGAUCAUCGUUGAGGAGGUACAUCUCACAAGGCACUGACUCGACCUUUGGGAUGACGGGGCAAGAAUCAAAUGUUGAUGCCUUGCUCCAACUAUAUGUAGAGUGUGUUCGGCACAAGGAAGCAGUAAAUCUUUUGGUCGAGUAUAUUGACUCGUUUGCAGCAGUGAGCUGUUACGGUGCCAACUGGAGGAUUCAAUUGCAUCUGGCUGCAUGGUUGAUCAAUCUGAGAAGCUCAAAAUUGAAGGUGGAUACUGAUGAUGCAUUCGCCGCUGCUGCUCACUAA